AUAACUCACACUCUUCAUCCUAAAGAAAGACAGACUCCUUUAAUCAGCCAUGAAGAAGCUCUACAAGUGUCUGUGGAUCUUACUGGGGGUUUUAUUGAUUGAGGAAAUGGCACGUGGACAAGAAGAGAAUGCAGCACUAUGGGGCAAUACUAGUCAGUCAUCAACUUAUGCAGGCUCUGAACCUGAAUUUGCUGUUGAUGGAUUGUUAAACAGCUGGACCCACACUAAUGAAGAGACCAACCCGUGGUGGAGAGUGGAUCUACUGAAAGUAUACAGAGUGAACAGAGUCACCAUCACUAAUAGAAAUACUUUUGCUGACAGGAUAAAUGGAGCGGUGAUUCGUAUCGGGAACUUUCUUGACAUUUAUAGCAACACCAUAUGUGGUGUGAUUUCUACUCUUGCAGCCGGUGCCACGGCCACUUUCUCAUGCGGUGGGAUGGUGGGACGUUAUAUGGUUGUUCAUAUUAUUGGACAGCUGAAGAUUCUUAGUCUUGUUGAAGCUGGAGUCUAUGGGACUUUGGCAGGAAAUCAGGCAGUAGGAGGAGCCACUAUGCAGUCAUCAACAUCUGCAGACUGGUUUGCUGAAAAGGCCAUUGAUGGUAAUCGAGGUCUCCAGCAGUUGUAUACGGGAUGUUCCUCAACCCUUAAUGAGACUAACCCGUGGUGGAGGCUGGAUCUGCGUGAUGUCUACCGAGUUAGUGAAGUGGUCAUCACUAAUAGAAAAGAAUGUUGUGCAGAAUGGAUUAACGGAGCAGAGAUUCGCAUUGGAAACUCAUUGAAAAACAAUGGUACCAACAAUCCCAUAUGUGCUGUUAUUCCUGAUAUUCCAGCAGGAGAGUCCAACAACUACUUGUGUUAUAGAUUGGAGGGACGUUUUGUGAUUAUUCAUAUUCCUGGAGACUGGAAGAUUCUUACUCUUUGUGAGGUUGAAGUUUACGGGUAUUUGGCAGAAAAUCUGGCAGUAGCUGGAACUGCUAUACAGUCGUCAACAUCUGCGGACUGGUUUGCUGAAAAGGCCAUUGAUCGAGGUCUCCAGCAGUUGUAUACGGGAUGCUCCUCAACGAUUUCUGAGAAUAACCCAUGGUGGAGGCUGGAUCUGCAUCAUAUUUACAGAGUUAGUAAAGUGGUCAUCACUAAUAGAAAAGACUGCUGUGCAGAACGAAUAAACGGAACAGAGAUUCGCAUCGGAAACUCUUUGGAGAAUAAUGGCACCAACAAUUCCAUAUGUGCUGUUAUUCCUGCUAUUCCAGCAGGUGAGUCCUACAGCUACUCAUGUGAUGGGAUGGAGGGACGUUACGUGAAUCUGAUCAUUCCUGGAGACAUGAAGACACUCACUCUCUGUGAGGUGAAGGUCUAUGGAGAAGGUCCCUUUUUAAAAAGAUCAUUUAUAAAACUGAUGUUUCACUCCAGCAAAGAUUUGACUGACUGUACAAUGAGAGAAAGCAUUCUGAAACAGUUGGGAUCUGCUCUGGCUAAUAGAGGAUUCACAGACUUGACAUUGAGUUGGUCUCAAACCCCUAAAGAGAAAGUGAUGCGGAAAGUGAACACUGGCAAAAGUUGCUGUGAUACAAGAAAAUAAUGCCCUGGAAAUCAACAGUCUUUGAGUCACUAAAUUAACAUAUAUUAAAUUUCUUCAUAAUUUAUUACAUUCAUAAAUGAAUAAUUCUUAAUAAAAAGUCAGAAUUGUGAGAUAAGUCGCAAUCACCUUAUUUUUUAUUCAGUGGUGGAAAGGGCUUCCAUAAGAAUUACUUGUUUACAAAGUAAAAACCUUAAAACUCUUGUGCUUCAUUGUUACUCUUGAUUUAAAUCUUAAAGAACUUUUAAACAUUUUGUAUAAUUGUGUGCUGUCAUCAAAGCAUUAGAAAAUAUAAAGGCUAUAGAUCAGGGGUCAGCAAUCUACAGCACGCGUGCUAACAGUGGCACGCAGAGGGAUAAUCACUGGCACACGAGCAAUAGGGAAAACUGCAUACUGACGUACAUUUUGAGGUAAUAACUUAAUCAUAGUCACACAGCCUGUUAGGAGCUAUAAAUACUAUUAAAGUGUGUGAAUUAACUUCUGCUAGUCUAUGGAUGUGCGCGAGACCACUGCACAUACUACCCUGCUGAAAAAACAGCAUAUUUUGGUUAGGUAUGUUUUGACGCUGGGAUGCUGGUUUAUGCUGGUCAUUUGCUGGUUUAUGCUGGUCCUUUGUUCAAAAGCAUCAAAACAUACCUAACCAGCAUAUGCUGUUUUUUUCAGCAGGGUUGGCACUUCAGAUCAAAGCCUCAGCGGUCUAACAGUGCUCAUCAAUGACAAAAUGCCUGAGAUGGCCGAUCAAAUCAAAGUAGGCAGGAUUCACUGUUGACAAGCAGAGCGCGAUGCGUCAGUUUAACGUUAAAGAGCGCGAGGUAAGAUGAAGCUGCAAAUCAUUUAAUAUUAGUCAACUUUUAACAAUACAUUUACGAUAAAAAUGUUAAAUGACCGACAGCUAUGUCCAGUGACGCAAACUACUCGAAUUUAUUUUAUUUCUCAAAUAUGGCCAUUUUCAGAGAGAGAGAUACAUUAAUUGUCUGCGUCUGUCUCGCUCUACAAACAAUGAAGCUGAGUUUAGUUACUUAAAAACAGCAAUUUUUC